AUGGAUAGAACUUUGAGGACUUCUAAUGGUACUAAAAAUUUUCGUAGUGUCAGCACAUCCAAUGAAUCGACAAAGCGAAUGAACUGGAGUUAUGAAAGUAAUUGGAAAUCAAGAGAACACAGAAGAAUCCCAAAAGAAAUAUUUCCAUUAUUUGUAAAGCAUCAUGAAGCGAUGAAAAAUGUUUGA